UUUCUGUCUUGCUGAGUAUAUGUAUGUCCUUACUUUGUGCUUAGCAUCGUAUCGUAAUUAAUCUUUUCUUUGUUUUUCCUUACUUUCAGAUAGAAAGUACACUCGGCCAUGUCUACUACCGGUAAUGUUCUGGCUUCCACUCCAACGCCAAGGCUAUUAGGCAAAGUGGCAUUGGUCACAGGUGGAGCAUCUGGAAUUGGAGAAAGCAUUGUGCGUCUCUUCCAUAUCCAUGGUGCUAAAAUUUGUAUAGCUGAUGUGCAAGACAAUCUUGGAAAGCAGAUCUGUGAAUCCCUUGGCGACGAAGCAAAUGUUGUUUUUGUCCAUUGUGAUGUUACAGUAGAGGAUGAUGUUUCCCAUGCAGUGAACUUCACUGUGGGUAAAUUUGGCACCCUUGACAUCAUAGUCAACAAUGCUGGAAUCUCCGGAUCGCCUUGUCCUGAUAUCCGCGAUGCAGACUUAUCAGAAUUCGAUAAGGUGUUUAGUAUAAACGCAAAGGGAGUGUUUCAUGGGAUGAAGCACAGCGCUCGAGUUAUGAUCCCAAACAAGAAGGGCUCAAUCAUUUCUUUAAGCAGUGUAGCAAGUGCCUUAGGUGGCAUAGGAAUACAUGCAUACACAGGAUCCAAACAUGCUGUUUUAGGGCUCACAAAGAGUGUUGCAGCUGAAUUGGGGAAGCACAGUAUAAGAGUGAAUUGUGUGUCACCUUAUGCUGUUGCAACAGGUUUGGCUUUAGCCCAUUUGCCUGAGGAUCAGAGAACUGAGGAUGCUUUGGCCGGUUUUCGCGAUUUUACCGGGAGAAUGGCCAACUUGCAGGGGGUAGAGUUAACUACUCAUGAUAUAGCUAAUGCUGUGCUCUUCCUUGCUAGUGAUGAAGCAAGAUAUAUAAGUGGAGAGAAUCUCAUGGUUGAUGGUGGCUUCACGAGUGUAAAUCACUCACUCCAAGUUUUUAAAUGAUUAAUGGUAUUUCAAAGUUUGUUUGCAGUUUGAGACAUUACAAUCAACAAGUCUACUACAAGGAUUUUCUGUAGACAUACAAAUAAUAUGAAUUCACAAAAAAACACUAAUAAUAUGAAAAUUAUCGUCCAAAGUAUGCUUUUUUAUCCUUAAA